AUGUCUCUCACCGAAAAUCGCGCUUUGCGCAUCCUCGAUCAUGCCUCAGAAAACCACUAUGGCGUCCCAGCAAUGUGCUGCUACAAUGUCGAAGGCAUCCUAGCCACAGUCCGCGCAGCAGAAGCCAAGCGCUCACCCGCCAUGAUCCUCCUCUUCCCCUGGGCAGUACACUACGCCGACGGAAUCCUCGUCCACGCCGCCGCAGAAGCAGCACGCAAAGCAAGCGUCCCAGUAACAGUACACAUGGACCACGCACAAACGCCCGAGAUCAUCCGGUAUGCAGCCGACCUGGGUGGCUUCGACAGUAUCAUGGUCGACAUGUCGCACUACGAGAAAGCGGAGAACCUAGCAUUGACACGCGAGUUGGUGGAUUAUUGCCAUGCGCGUGGAAUCGCUACUGAAGCUGAGCCUGGACGUAUCGAGGGUGGAGAGGAUGGUGUUGCUGAUACGGCUGAUCUGGAGGGACUUUUGACCACUCCAGAGGAGAGUCAGGAGUUUGUUGAUACGGGGAUUGAUUGGUUGGCACCUGCUUUCGGAAAUGUGCAUGGAGAGUAUGGGCCAAGGGGAAUUCAAUUGGAGUAUGAGCGGCUGCAGUCUAUUAAUGAGGCUGUUGGGAGGAAGGUUAGGCUUGUACUUCAUGGGGCGGAUCCUUUUUCGAAGGAGAUUUUCCAGAAGUGCAUUGAUUGCGGGGUGUCGAAGAUUAACAUCAAUAAGGUUUUGAAUAAUGAGUAUGUUAAGGUGCAGGCGGAGAAGGCUGGGAAGGUGCCGCUGACUACUUUGUUGGAGGAAGCUACCAACGCUAUGCAGAAGGCUGUUGAGGGAUGUAUUGAGAUGUUGGGAGCUGCGGGGAGAUACCCUUGA